AUGAACAUUGUGGGAAAGCUCAGUUUAAUGAUACCGUGGAGUAUAUUCUUGCUUCAUUCAUUGCUGUCCUCUUUGCAAGGAUCUGAUUGCAAGCUUUCUCUUUUGAGAAGAACUUCAAGAAAUGAGUUUAAUGCGACUCGACAGAAAAGAGAUCUCGUAACAGCCGAGAUUCGAUCUGCCUCUCCUCAGUCACACCUUCAUGGGGCCUUGACGCGGAGUCCUCCAGGAGGUUCAUGUCCUCAGGAGUGCCUUAACGGAGCAGCCUGCACAGAGGCAGGUGACUGUGACUGUCAGCUAUUUCAGGCUCAAGGAAGCAGGUGCCAAAUUGUACCUAACACUGGUAAGGACCGAGAUGGGAUUUGCAAAUCAUGGGGACAGUAUAAUUUUGAAACAUUUGAUGGCAUUUACUACUACUUCCCGGGAAAUUGCUCCUAUAUUUUUGCAAAAGACUGCAAUACUCCAGAACCCCAGUAUACUGUUUGGGUUCAUAACAGUCCUCACUGUUACGGUUCGGUAUAUACUUGUCAGAGGUCCGUCAGCUUAUUUUUUUCAAACCAAGAAGAAAUAAUUAUUUCAGGACAUGAAGUAAGAAAAGAAGGAAUCAGAUUAAUGUUGCCUCAGACAGUUGGAAAUGCUUUCAUUGAGAGACUAGCUGACUAUAUUCUGGUGAAGACUACCUUUGGUUUUUCUCUUGCUUGGGAUGGAAACUCUGGUAUUUAUAUUAAGCUGACAGAAGAUCAUAAGGGAAAACCUUGUGGCCUCUGUGGAAAUUUUAAUGGCAAUAAAUAUGAUGACCUGAUACUGAAAAAUAUUGGUGAAUAUACAGAAGAUAUUGCUGAAUUUGCAAAUAGCUGGGCUGUGCAAACCUCAAAUGAUAUAGAUUGUGUACCUACUGCCUCAGAUUUUUCCAGUCCUUGUUCAGCUAAUGCAGAACUCACUGAGGACAUAUUCUUCAAGUGCCAAAUAUUCCUACAGUUUCCUUUUCUCAGCUGUCAUGAAAGCAUAGAUCCGUAUUCUUAUAUUUCCAGCUGUAUGAAUGAUCUUUGCAGAGUGGAUGAUGAUGAGACAUACUGCAGGGCGGUGACAGAGUAUGCUAGAGCAUGCUCUCACGCUGGGUCCCCGGUGCGGGACUGGAGGGAUGACUUUCCUGCCUGUACUGAGAAGUGUGAAGACAGCUUUGUACACCGUGACUGUAUCAGUUGCUGUCCACCAACCUGCACAUUUGAAAAAGAUUGUCUUGGCAGCAACUUACACUGCUUAGAUGGCUGUUACUGUCCAGACGGUCUCAUUAUGGAAAAUGGAACUUGUAUCUCUGUGUCAAAUUGUCCUUGUAUUUAUCAUGGAACUGCCUUCCCUGUAGGCUCAAAAAUUGAACAAGAAUGUAGCAACUGUAUUUGUAUUGGUGGCAUUUGGAACUGCACUGAUCAUGAUUGCCCAGCUGAGUGCUCCAUCACAGGUAGCUCUCAUUUCACGACAUUUGAUGGACGUCAUUUUACUUUUCUUGGGAUUUGCCAGUACAUUUUGGUAAAAGGCACCGGGAAAAACAAAUUCACAAUCACUUUACAGAAAGCACCUUGUGGACAAAACUUUGACCACGCCUGCAUUGAGUCUAUAACUCUAGUUCUUGAAGAUGAUGUGAGCAAACAAGUAACUCUCACAAGAUAUGGUAAAGUCCAAACCGGCCCUAACCAAGUUUUUAACCUUAAUGGGGCUAUUGAAAUUCAGAAUAUAUCUUCUUUGUUUGUUCAACUGAAAACUAAUUUUGGUUUGAAGAUAUUGUUUGCUAAAGAUGGAGAGAGAAUCUAUGUUCAAGUUGAUGUUGGCUGGAAGAGAAGAACAUUGGGACUAUGUGGAACAUACAAUGGGAAUUUAAGAGAUGAUUUUCUUUCUCCAGCAGGAAUGAUAGAAGGGACCCCACAACUUCAUGCCAAUGCAUGGAAGGUUUCCUCAGCUUGUUCUGUGCCUAUCAAUAUUCCUGUGGUUGAUCCCUGCAACGUUAAUCAGCAAAAUGCUGGGUAUGCAUCUCACUGUGAUAUCAUCCAUCAAGAAGUUUUUGCUCCCUGCCAUGCCCACAUCAGCCCAGGAUUAUACUACCAGCUAUGCCGCUUUGACGCGUGCAAAUGUGGAAGCAGUUGUUUGUGUAAUGCUCUGGCGCACUAUGCUUAUGUCUGUGGCAAGCAUGGGGUCUUCGUUGACUUCAGAUCUCAUAUUUCUUACUGUGCUGUGAUGUGUCACAGUGGUAUGGUUUAUCAUCAGUGCUCUUCUUUUUGUAAACACUCCUGUGCUUCACUUUCUGUGGCAAAUAUCUGUGGUGAUGACUGUGCAGAAGGAUGUAAUUGUCCUGAUGGGAAAUAUUUUGAAGAGUCGGUCAGCUCUUGUGUAUCAAUAUCUGCCUGUUGUUGUCAUUACAAGGGCAAAACCCUCCAGCCUGGAGAAAUCCUUCCUACGCCAACAGGCUCCUGUCAAUGUUUGAAUGGAACAGUGAAAUGUAUUGAAGACACUACAGAAAAUACAGUUCACAUAUGCCCUGAAGGAAAAAUCUACUAUGACUGCAGAUCUCCUGUGCCUGGAUUACCUGCAGCGGGUGUGAAUUGCGGGAUCUCCUGUGCAAACCUUGCCAUGAAUUUCUCCUGUGUCCCUUCACCACCCUGUGCAAGUGGCUGCAUUUGCCCCCCUGGGAUGGCUGAGCAUAGAGGGAAAUGUUAUAUUCCUGACAGUUGUCCAUGCACCUGGAAAGACAGGGAAUUUCUGUCAGGAGAAAUGAUAGCUACACCAUGUUACACCUGUGUUUGUCGGAGAGGGAUAUUCAAUUGCACUAGUUACCCCUGUCCUGCUGUAUGCACUAUUUAUGGAGAUCGACAUUAUUACACCUUUGAUGGAUUGGAGUAUGAUUAUGUCAGUGACUGCCAAGCUUACCUGCUAAAGAGCACAGAUAACUCAAAUAUAUCUAUAAUUGCUCAGAACAAAAAGUGCUUUGACAAUGAUAUUGUUUGCUCGAAGAAUGUUUUCAUCACUGUUGGAGACACUGAGAUUUAUUUCAGUGAAUCUUCUGAGAAGCAGAAGACCUUAAGGGGACAGGAAAACAAAUCUAACUAUCAGCUUUGGAAGGCUGGAUAUUAUACUGUGAUACACUUUCCAGAACAAGACAUUACAGUUCUGUGGGAUAAGAAGACAAUGAUGCAUGUUAAAGUUGGACCUCGAUGGAAGGGUAAACUUGCAGGUUUGUGUGGAAAUUUUGACAAAUAUACUUCAAAUGAUCUUACUACAUCAAACAACAUGGAGGUGAGAAAUGCACAAGUGUUUGGAGACAGCUGGGUAUUAGGACAGUGCAAGAGCCCAAAUGAAACACUGAGACCAUGUGAGGUACACCAGAGCAAGUUCCCUUAUGCCAAAAAGGAAUGCUCAAUUUUAUACAGUGACGUUUUUGCACCUUGUCGCAACGUGAUUGAUGUGACUUCUUUUGUCAAAAAUUGUCACACAGAUACAUGUAAUUGCAAUCUUGGCGGAGACUGUGAGUGCUUGUGUACCAGUAUUGCUGCUUAUGCCCACAAAUGCUGCCAGCAAGGAGCAGCGAUUCACUGGCGAUCUCCUUCCCUCUGUGCUUAUGACUGUGAAUAUUACAAUCAAGGUCUUGGUGAAGGACCCUAUGUUUUGUCAAGUUAUGGAGAGAAUGACACAAUUAUAGGAGCUAAUGUAUCCAGUAGAAGGAUAUUUCCCCUGCCUAGAACUGGAGCAUAUGGAAAUGUAAUUUUCAGUUUCAUGAUAACUCCAGGCCUUUUCAAAGAUAAAGAUUUAUCGCUCUCUCUUGUUUCCCUUGAAUCUGCUGAAAGACCAAACUACUUUCUGUACGUACACGACAAUGAAACCGUCGGGUUGGAACAGUGGCAGGCAAGUGCCUCCUUUUGGAGACGAGCCACCUUCUUCCACCACCAUGGCUUCUGGAGUCCAGGGCUCAGCGCCUUUGAACUGCACAGUAAAAAAGGCUUUUUCAUCAUUCUCACCUCAUCUGGUGUUAAAGUGGCAAAGUACGAUGAUUCAGAACAAUUCAAACGUUUGAGUAGCUUUAGUAUUGAAGAACUUGAUGCGUCUGUGCCUUAUAGAAGGAUGUGUGAAUGGCGAUACGAAUCUUGUGCUAAUCCUUGUGUUAAAACAUGUAGUGAUCCUGAAGGAAUAGCAUGUAAAUUCCUUCCUCCGGUUGAAGGAUGCCUGCCAUACUGUCCCAAAAACAUGAUCCUUGAUGAGGUCACACUUAAAUGUGUUUAUCCAGAAGACUGCAUACCUGUGACUCCUCCAGAAUCAGCAACUGGAACAAAACCUUCACUGUUAAUCCCUCACACGGGUGCUACCACAGAGAGAAUUCCUCGUACACCUCCUUUAUUUGUUACUUCAGGGACUGAGUCAAUACAUACCGGUGUGACAGCCAAAAUAACCAUGAAGGAAAACACAACUUUAAGGGGAAUGAAUAUGUCAGCACAGUCUAUUACGGACUUUUACUCAUUGGAAGCAGCCACCUAUUCAACAUUCUCAUUACCAAUGUCAUCCAUUCCUAAAAAGCCAAAGGAAUCCAUUAGAUCUACAGUCUUCCCCCUUAGGACAUCAGUAUUACCUUUAAAUGCUACAUUAAUAACCACUUCAGAAAUUACAGAGUACCCAAGCAGAAGUUCUUCAGUAAGUUCUUCAGAAGAAGAUGGAACAAUAUCAGCCAUAUCAGCUGGAAUCAUCACUCGAUCCACUACACCAAUGGUCAUGAAAACAACAAUGAAAGCUACAUCUUUAAAAGCACCUUAUAUUUUUGCAAAAAUACCAGCUAGCUCUUCAGCCAGUCUAUUAGUUGCUUCUGGCACUACUGUAGCCUCUGGGAUUACUACAAAAACCACUGAUUCUUUUGUUGCUGAUUUGGAAUUUUACAGGGCUUCAGCUUCAACUCCUACCGCCAUAGAAACACCCAUGCAUGUGUCACACAAGUCUUUAUUUACAUCUGCAGUGACUCAAGCUUCACAGAUCACUAAAGAAACUCCAAAAAUUACGAUCAUUAAAACAACUGGUGCUACAAGUCCGUUAUCACAGAUGAAGAGCACCUCAUUUACAGCUUCAGAAGCAACCUCAUUUGAAAGAACUGCAGAUAUUUUAGAAAGUGGUCAGACUUCAGAUGAGCAAAGAAAUGUUACCAAGACAAAGUCAACCACAACCGAGAAAUCUUCCCUGCCUUAUUUGACAGUAUCGGCAGUUCAGAUGUCGCCUUUUUCAAGAAAUACAACCUCAGCAAAAAACCUCUCUUUUUCUGGAGUCCUGGGUGUAAUAAUGUCUGAUUGGUCGAAAAUCCCAACGCAGAAAACCAUUAAACCUUAUUUUGGUUUAACAAAGCCCACAGAGCUGCAGACCAGUGGUGGAAUGGCUCUGCCUUCCUCUUCAGAGCCUGUGGAAACACAAACUUCUCUGGCAAGCACAGAAACAAUGACAGCUACAGCUGACAAGGCUUCCUUUGGUACAAUGAUGCAUACGCUGAUGUCUACAUCUUCCCAAUGUGUGCCAAGAUACCUUGAACCUGUCGACAAAUGUAGCCAGUAUGUAUGUGUUAAUACGGGUUGGAUGUUAUACAACCUUUCAAGGAACUGCCCUAAGGAUGUGCAGAAGCCAGACUGUGGUUUUCGAGGAAUGCCAGUUCAAGUUAACACUGAUAGUUGUUGCCCAGAAUGGGAAUGUCCCUGUCAAUGUUCUGUACUGUCUGAACUGAGUGUGAUUACAUUUGACGGAAACAACAUAGCCCUCUGUAAUAUGGCUUCCUACAUUUUAGUCAAGUUACCAGGGGAAAUUAUUGUUGCUCAUAUUGAAAAAUGUCCUGCUAAUCAGAGUGCAAAUUCAAUAAGAAAACUAGUUCCCCCUGCAAGCACUUCAGGGCUCUGUUUUAAGAAAUUAAAUGUAACAACACGCACAUAUAAAUUACUUAUCAAUCGUUUAGCAAGAAAAGUAGUAGUGGAUUCUGUAAUUCAAUCAUUACCAUUUUCAAAAGAAGGACUGAGUAUUCAGGAUACUGGUGCAAUGUAUGUCGUUAAUACCCCAGCUGGUAUUAGCAUCAAGUGGGCUCAUGUUACAGGCAUCAUAGAUAUACAGUAUGGAUUACACUCUAACACAUCCAUGAAGACAGAAGGACUUUGUGGGGUGUGUAAUGGAGAUCCUACUGAUGACCUGAAAAUGCAAAACAGGACCAUAAUUACAAAUAUGGAGGAAAUUGAAGUGUUCAUUAAGAGCUGGGAAAUUGGGAAAUCGCUUGAUGUGACAACCAGGAGGCCAGUAAGAAACUGUACUGAAGACAACUGCACAUACUGUAUGGAACUGUUAAACAGAAGUGUUUUCAUCCCUUGUCACAAGAAAGUGUCACCACAGGAGUUUUGUGAGAAGAUGUGGAUCAACAGUACUUAUUUUUGGAAUUAUGAGUGUGACGCACUUUCUGCCUAUGUGGCUUUAUGCAACAAGCACAACAUCUGCAUUAAAUGGAGGACACCCGAUUACUGCUCAUUGAGUUGUCCUGAGGGCAAGGAAUACCAGCCUUGUGUGCAACCCUGUGAAGCCAAGACAUGCUUGAAUAAAUGGUUCUAUGAAGAUUCUCCCUGUUCCUAUUUGAGGGAAGACUGCGUGUGUAAAAAUGGCACUAUUCUGCACAGAACAGACUCUGACCUCUGUAUACCAGAAGAAAAAUGCACAUGUACAGAUAACAAUGGACAACCCCGGUCUUCUGGUGAGAUCUGGAAUGGGUCCAUGAGAGGCUGUUGCAUGUAUAACUGUUUAGCAAAUGGAAGUGUUGUUGCUGUAGAACCUGAAUGCAUUGAGGAUCCACCACCAGUCUGUGAAAGAGAAGGGGAAGUUAUUGUCCACGUCAUCGAAGAACGAGCUUGCUGUCCGAAGAAAGUCUGUGAAUGUAACAUGUCAUUGUGUGACACCAUUAUUCCAACAUGCAAACCCAAUGAAAAAUUAGUGGUAGGCUACCACCCCCUGUCCUGCUGUCCACAGUACCGAUGUGAAUGUGAUCCUUCAGUUUGUUUCAAUGCUUCCCAGCUGGACUGCAGAGAAGACCAAUUUAUUGUUGAAGCAAAACAGGAAGAUCCCUGUUGUUUCUCUUACCUCUGUGUUUGUGAAUCCUGUAUUGAGCCUGUUCCCUUGUGUAAUGAAGGGGAAAUUCUCACUGUAGACCUUAAUACCAUACAUUACUGUUGUCCUCAUUACUACUGCGUUUGCGAUGAAAAUCUUUGUUCUGAGCCCCAUAUGAAUUGCACAGAUGACAUGACACUUGUGAAGGAAAAAAUACCUGGGCAGUGUUGUCCGGAAUGGCACUGUGAAUGUAGCUGUGAAAACACUACUAUGCUGACCUGUAAAUUGGGAGAAGUUAAAAAAAUAGAUAGUAGCAUUUCCAGCGCUUGUGGAUGCACUCACUACAUUUGUGAGAAGGAUGAUGUGUGUAUCUUCCAAGAGGUGACAGUACUGAAUCCUGGGCAGUCAGUGAUUCAGUACUUGGAUGGAGACCUUUGUUACACUGUACAGUGUUUACAAGAAAAAGAUCAGAACACGGGAUACAAUGCCAUGAAUUUUACAAUGGUGAACUGUUCCCAGCAAUGUGAAGCUCAUCAAAUAUAUAUGCCUUCCUCUAGUCACCAUACUUGUUGUGGUACCUGUCAAAACAUGUCCUGCUCUUUUCAUACCGAGAAUGGAACACUACUUGUGUAUGAGGAAGGAAGCACCUGGAGCUCCAACUGCACCAACUACAAAUGUGCAAAGACUGCUGCGGGGGCCAUCAUACUGGGAUCAAGUGUUGUCUGCCCCCCUUUUAAUGACACUGAAUGUACAAAGAAUGGAGGAAUUGUGCAGAUGUAUAAUGAUGGCUGCUGCAAGACCUGCAAAAAGGAAGAAAGGAUUUGCCAGAAAAUGACAAUCAGGACAACCAUAAGAAAAAAUGACUGUAUAAGUCAAAGCCCGAUAAAUGUGGCUUCUUGUGAUGGAAAAUGCCCGUCUGCAACAAUUUUCAAUGUCAAUAUUGAUAGCCAUUUAAGAUUCUGUAAAUGUUGUCGAGAAAAUGGAACGCGUAACCUGACUGUGCCACUACACUGCUCAGGAAAUGGCACUGAAAUUAUGUACGUCAUUCAAGAGCCUAUAGACUGCUCAUGCCAAUGGAACUGAACAUGACUGUGGACGCAAUUUAAUGUGAAGAAUUAAAAUGAGUUUCCUUUUACCAGACUCCCUUUUUUGACCUUG